AUGAGGCCACAGGCGCAAGGAGCUGUGACUUCGGAGCUAGGAAUAUCCCCGGCGUUGAUCAACUCUAGAGCCGCAUCCCUAGCCCUAGAGACCUUGUCGAAUCAAUCAACUCCAGUACUGCGCCCGGUUGAACACAAGACUUUUGCGGUCCAUACGAGUACCGCGACAAACCUGACGAUUCAAUCUCCGAUCCCUCGUCAGUUAAAUCAGAACCCAAUCCCAACUUUGAGCCCCUCGCCAGCUCCGACAGGUCAGGUUGACAUAAUAGUCAACAACCAGGACCUAGAAGUUUUCAUCAACCUAUUCAACAACCAAUGGCUGAUGUUAAUCCAAGCAAGGGACAACAACAACGUUCCCUUGAUGCGAGCCGCCCUCACCCAAGCUAUAUCCAGCCAGGGAGUGAUCAGGGAUUUGGUGGGAGGCAAGGAGAUGUUAAGGAUCUGCAAGAGAAGAGCUAGCGGACUUGGAAAGAUCCCAGCAAGCGAACCCCACGCCACCGGUCCCACGCCUAGCUAUAACUCAAAGAGCCCACUCUCACACCAUGUGAGCCUGGGUCUCAAUAGUGACUGCAGGACACAAGGUUUUGGGGGGCACUUUUAA